GCGGCUGGAGGAGGCAGCUCGCGGGGCCGCGCUGUGCUCACCUCGCCCGGGCAGGACGCGGACCGGGCUGGCGGCGGGAUGUCGGCGAAGGAGCGGCCAAAGGGCAAAGUGAUCAAGGACAGCGUCACCCUCCUGCCCUGCUUCUAUUUUGUCGAGCUGCCCAUCCUGGCAUCGUCGGUGGUGAGCCUGUAUUUCCUUGAACUCACGGAUGUCUUCAAGCCUGUGCACUCGGGAUUCAGCUGCUAUGACCGGAGCCUCAGCAUGCCCUACAUUGAACCCACCCAGGAGGCGAUUCCGUUCCUCAUGCUGCUCAGCCUGGCUUUUGCUGGGCCUGCAAUCACGAUCAUGGUAGGGGAAGGAAUCCUCUACUGUUGCUUGUCCAAAAGGAGAAACGGGGUCGGACUGGAGCCCAACAUCAAUGCUGGAGGCUGCAACUUCAACUCUUUCCUUCGAAGAGCCGUCAGAUUCGUGGGUGUGCACGUGUUUGGACUCUGCUCCACGGCCCUCAUCACGGACAUCAUCCAGCUGUGCACUGGGUACCAAGCGCCCUACUUCCUGACGGUGUGCAAGCCCAACUACACCUCCCUGAACGUGUCCUGCAAGGAAAACUCCUACAUCGUGGAGGACAUCUGCUCAGGAUCCGACCUCACGGUGAUCAACAGUGGCAGAAAAUCAUUCCCUUCUCAGCAUGCGACCCUCGCUGCCUUUGCCGCUGUGUACGUUUCGAUGUACUUCAAUUCCACCCUGACGGACUCCUCCAAGCUCCUGAAGCCGCUCUUGGUCUUCGCGUUCAUCAUCUGCGGCAUCAUCUGCGGGCUGACACGGAUAACCCAGUACAAGAACCACCCCGUUGACGUCUAUUGUGGCUUUUUAAUCGGAGGAGGAAUUGCUCUGUACUUGGGCCUGUAUGCAGUGGGGAAUUUCCUGCCCAGCGACGAGAGCCUGUUCCAGCACCGAGAGGCCCUGCGGUCCCUGUCGGACCUCAGCCAGGACCCCAGCCGGGUGCUGGCCGCUAAGAACAGCAGCAGCAGCGACGGAAUCGCUCACACCGAAGGCAUCCUCGCCCGAAACCCGCGGGACGCCAGCUCGCUGACCAACCUCAAGAGGGCCAACGCCGACGUGGAAAUCAUCACCCCCCGCAGCCCCAUGGGCAAGGAGAACAUGGUGACGUUCAGCAACACCCUGCCCCGGGCCAGCACCCCAUCGGUGGAGGACCCCGUCCGCCGAAACGCCAGCAUCCACGCCUCCAUGGACUCGGCCCGGUCCAAGCAGCUCCUCACCCAGUGGAAGAACAAGAACGAAAGCCGGAAGCUGUCGCUGCAAGUCAUAGAGACUGAGCCCGGACAGUCACCGCCCCAGUCCAUAGAAAUGAGGGCCAGCUCGGAGCCGUCCCGGGUGGGCGUGAACGGAGACCCCCACGGCCCCGGCGGCCAGUACCUCAAGCUGCAGCCGGGCACUGUCCCCAGCUGCAACAACAACAUGCCCGGGGGCGCCAGGGUGUCCAUCCAGCCGCGCCCUGGCUCCUCGCAGUUAGUGCACAUCCCCGAGGAGACCCAGGAGACCGUGGGCGCCUCCCCCAAGGGCAGCUCGGCUCGGGCCAAGUGGCUGAAGGCGGCGGAGAAGACCGUGGCGUGCAACCGGAGCAACAGCCAGCCCCGCAUCAUGCAGGUCAUCGCCAUGUCCAAGCAGCAGGGCGUCCUGCAGGGCAGCCCCAAGAACACCGAGGGCAGCGCCGUCUCCUGCACCGGCUCCAUCCGCUACAAGGCCCUGACCGACCACGAGCCCGGCGGCAUCGUCCGCGUGGAGGCCCACCCGGAGAACAACAGGCCCGUCAUCCAGAUCCCGUCCACGGAGGGCGAGGGCAGCGGCUCCUGGAAGUGGAAAGCCCCCGAGAAGGGCAGCCUGCGCCAGACCUACGAGCUCAACGACCUCAACAGGGACUCGGAGAGCUGCGAGUCCCUGAAGGACGGCUUUGGCUCCGGAGACCGCAAGAGGGGCAACAUCGAGGGCAGCGAGCACCACCACCACCACGGCAUCGCCACCAUCCGCGUCACCCCGGUGGAGGGCAGCGAGCUGGGCUCCGAGACGCUGUCGGUCUCCUCUUCGCGCGACUCCACACUUCGCAGGAAAGGCAACAUCAUCUUGAUCCCCGAGAGAAGCAACAGCCCCGAAAACACUAGGAAUAUCUUCUACAAGGGGACCUCCCCCACACGGGCUUAUAAGGAUUGAGCAAUGUCCAGUCAAUCGUUUGGGUGCCCCCCCCCCCAAAAAAAAAGACCAUGAGUUGAUUCUCCUUGUGUCCUGUUCCAACAAAUUGGGGAAACCUCUUAUCCAACGAGAUCAUCCACCGUCAGCCCGGGACUCAACGACUCUUGAGAACUGCGACCAUCAAGCUUGUACAUUUCACAUCGAGGGGAGGGAAAAGCACAACGCAAGAACCCAACUAAUGUGACAACGGGGUGACUCCUCGCAAGACGGUCUUUACACUCAAAGGUUGGCCGAGGGCAAUCUCGAAAGACAGGGGUUCCCUUCCAUGUAUACUCCUUUACUUCCUGAAUGUGCCAACGUUAGGGAUUUUCCUUUUUAAUUCGCCGUGAGGAUCCAGGGGUCCCCACGGCAGAGGCCAUGCGGUUUUAUAUAUCUGUUCUGCAGAAUCUGCACCUGGCGCCCCGCGCGGGCGGUGCUGGGUCGCAUAGUUCAUCUCCCGUGUACACGCUCCAGGUCUGUCUAGCUGUGAACUAGUGGUGUGUGCAAUCCCUUGUCAAAGAAAUGCUGCUGUGUUCAGAUGACGCUGGCUGCUUCGUGUUAGAAUAGGGCACCCCACAGCUUCCCCGUAGUGGUUCUGUUGCAAUCCAAACCUGAAAAGGUUUUGUGCAUUUUAUUUUCUCCCCAAAAGGAUGCUUUCUUCAGCAACAGCAAUCGUGUAGGAAUAUUUUCAAUAAAUGGGAAUCGCUAGUGCAUUUCUGCAUAGUUUUGUUUUUUUUCCUGCUUACUUUUCAUUUAAGUAUAGGUACCGCUAAUAAAGAAUCUGGUUUUUAGUGAGUCAAUUUGCAUAACUUAAAAACUAGAUUGUUUUAGAGAAUCGUUUGAAAUGGUUGUGAUCCUAUUUUGUAUUUUAUGGCUUCUACUUUAUUUAUGGAUUUUCAAAUUUUUUUGAUGUUAUAGAUAUGUUCUUCUAUUUUUAACGUGAAAAUAAUAGUCAAUAUUCCUUGCACAAAAUGUA